AUGAGGAGAGCAUGCGCCCGAGGGCACAGCGGGAUGACGGCUAGCUCGGAGUCCCGCCACCUCGGCCCUGUACCUCCCUCCUCCUUGUGAUGUAGAUGUGGCAAGUUUUUCCUUGUUUUUCAAGUUAGGUAGUUAAUGGGGUGGUGUGAGGCGUGUACAUGACUUGGAGGACAAAUAGGGAGGACAAUCAAUAGGGCCGAGGACAGGCUAGGCCGACUUCUCUCGUGGACGGAGCUACGAGACCCAGUUCUCCCUCUGCCGUGGUCGAGUGAGGACGUGCAGCUCGGGCGCGCGUGCAUGUGUGUUUGCGCUCGGGUGACGCGCCUCGCUUCAGCUGUUACGCCGAAUUCUCAAAUGCGUGGAAAGCUACAUGACCGCCACAGCGAAAUGGAGUCUUUAAGUGAACGCAUGCUUAGUUUACUGACCAUUUUCCUGAACUAACUGAACUUUUGGGCUUGUUUUUCUCCUUCCCACUCGCUCGAUCUUGAUGAAAAGUUUUCCCUAAGUGAGAAAAAGAUGACAAGUUGUCGUGCAAAUGUCCCUCGUCUUGAACACGUCCUCUGAGGUGACCGGUGACCAGGUACCUCGUCCAUUACCCGUUCUUACCUGAGUGCUUUCGUCGCGUGUGAAGGAGAGAGGGUGAGGGAGAGAGGAGGCCAUCCCCUGACUCCCUGACUACCUAUAUGAGAUAGUGAUGAUGGUAGUGGCCAGACCAUGGACUCGCCUCGCCUUCGCCCUCACCAUCUCCAUCACCAUCAUCGCCGCCACCGUCACGCAGGAGCUUUAUGAGGACAAUGGCGAGGAGGCCGAGGAGGAGACGGAUCCCAAUGAUGAAUUCAAGAACAGCCCCGUGACUCCUGCUGUGGCUGUGGCGGGCGGCCAGGCGGUGCUACCCUGCAAUAUCUCCAGCCUCCGCGGUGACUCCUUCCAGUUGGUGCUCUGGUACCGUGACCAUGUGCCCACUCCAGUGUUCAGUUACGACGCACGCUCCGGGGCAUACACGCGGCCGAAGGAAUGGUCAGACCCCAAGAUCCUGGGAGAGAGGGCUCACUUCACCGUUACCACCUCCCCUGCCGCCCUUGUGUUGAACCUCACUAGGCGCAGCGACCAGGCCGUGUACAGGUGCCGCGUGGACUACAAGCACCUCACCACAACCCACGCCCGCGUCAACCUCACUGUUAUUGAGCCAGUGAGGGGGGUGAGGAUCGUGGACGACGGGGGCACGGAGCUGGUUGGGGUGGCGGGCCCUUACAUCUUAGAGCAGCGUCCUUCUCUUACUUGCCGAGCUGCGGGCGGCGAUCCCUCACCUACCGUCACCUGGUGGAAGGACGGACGCCUCAUAGACAGCACCUACCACUAUGAGCAGCCCCCCAGCUCGGGAAGACGGGGCGGGCAGGUGUCCACGGGCGUCCCGGAGAUUGUCAACACGAUUCACCUGCGGGCGCUGAAGAAAGAAGACCUGCGCGAUGUGUACACGUGUAAGGCCGCCAACCACGACCUGGCGCCGGUGCGGGAGGCGACAAUACAGCUGGACAUGAACUUCGGACCAGAGGAGGUUGAGAUUCGGGGUCUGGAGCAGCCUGUCUCAGCCGGCGUGCCACACCAGGUCGUGUGUGAGGCGAGGGAGAGCCGUCCCCCCGCUAUCCUUACGUGGUGGUUGGAUGGUGCCAUGAAGAAAAGCGUGUCCCAUAUGACCUCGGUGGAUGGGCUGGUCACCACAAGCACUCUCAAACUUGUCAUCUACUCUGAGGAUGAAGGGAAACUGCUAACGUGCCGGGCUGAGAAUCCAGACCUACCAGCUGCAAGUAUCGAGGCAUCCCACCACCUCCAGGUUCUGUACCCGCCUGAAGUGGAGGUGGCUGCCGGUCCGUCCCUCGACCUGAACCACAUCAAGGAGGGUGAUGAUGUGUACUUCGAUUGCCACGUGAAGGCGCGACCCGAGACUCUCAAGAUCACGUGGAUGUUUAACGGCGUGGAGCUCCAGCACAAUACAUCCUCUCGCGUGAUGGUGGUCGGGCGCUCCUUGGUCAUGCAGAAGGUGUCACGUAAGCAGGCGGGGAGUUACACCUGCAGCGCCACUAACUCCCAAGGCACCAACAGCUCCUCCCCUAUACACCUCUCCGUCAAGUACUCCCCCGUGUGCCGCGUGGAGCAGACGGACGUGUAUGGUGUGGGGCGUCACGAGAAGACCACCGUCACGUGCAGGGUGGACGCAGACCCGCCCGUCACCGCCUACCGUUGGGCCUUCAACAAUACAGGGGAGUUUGUGGACAUUCCCAGUUCGCAUUAUGACGUCAAAGGAGAUGGAAUCAAGUCGCAGCGUUCAGACCUCCGCUACUCCCCCGUCAGUGACCUGGACUACGGGACGCUGCUCUGCUGGGCCACCAAUGCGGUAGGCACCCAGAGAACGCCGUGCACCUUCACCGUGUUCCCCGCCGGCAAGCCUGACGUGCCCAACUCCUGCCUCGCCUUCAAUGAGACGGAGGAGAGCGUGUCGGUGUCUUGCGAGCCCGGGUACAGCGGCGGCGUGGACCAGAGUUUCCUACUGGAGGCGUGGGACGACGGCGUGGUAAGGGCGACGGACACCAGCGACUCUCCUAUCCUGCAGGUUAGCGGUCUGCGCCCCGGAACACGCUACACCCUUAAAAUCUUCGCCGUGAACACAAUGGGCCGCUCCCAACCGUAUAUUUUCACCGCCUUUACUCUCACGGACGUGGCUGAGCGUCGUACAGCACUGGGGGCAGGAGAGGAGGGGGAGCCGCUGAGUCCCGUGGUGGGGGCUGUGCUGGGAGGCGUGGCGGCUGUGGUGGUCCUGACGGCGGUGGCGUUGGUGGUGGCCAAGUGUCGGCGCAGCAGGGCCCCUGAGGAUGCCGGGACGAGGAAGGGCGGCGACGAGGGUGUGGGCGAAGCAGGGUACAAGGCAGCAGGGAAAAGUGGCAGUCAGCAGGAAACGUCCCACGACACUGCUGGACCUGAUCUGGUGUCUACUUCCCAAGAAUCCGCGUUGAUGUCUCACUCCCACGACUCCACCACACCCUUGAUAGGCAACGGGCGGCUGCUGCAGAGCCAGGCCAAGCAGGAGCAGGUGUACCAGUCGCAGGGGCAGCAGCAGGGGAAGCAGUACGCCCCACAGCAGCACCACCACGCAGACCCACAGAAGGCCAAGCACGUGGUGAUAGUCGACGCCCCUGCAGUGGAGCCGUCUUCGUACUACCAGGAGGAGCCCAUGGUGGAGGAGGUGCCGGCGGGAGCAAGUGGAGCAGGUGGAGGUGGUGGAGGAGGAACUUUACACUACCAGACGCAUCCAAAGGUCUCGUACGUGCCGAUUUAUCAACGUUAUCAGCAUCAGGGGGAGUGGGCGGGAGUGAGCGAAGGGGCGUGGAGUGGCGGCGCCCAUGGAGGUACAGCGGGAGUGGGCGUGGGUGUAGUGGCGGAGCAGCAGCAACAGCAGCAACCAUCGACAACCUCUCCUUUGUCCCCUUACGGAAUGAUUGACCCAAGACGCCACUCCGCGUACCUCCGCCCCUUGGAUGAGCUGCCCCCGCAAGUGACCCAUAUGCCAUCACACAUCUCCGAACACCAGCUGGGCCGACAGACGCAGCCUCAGCCUUACUCCCCACCUCAUCCCCACCAGCUGUCCACCGCACCCUCCCCAGCACCCACCGUGGUUUUCAAGCCCAGUUCUGAACACGAGAGCUCGGUGUGACGGGAAGGAACCUUUAACCGUGUGUCGUGGGCGGCGUUCAGGGUUCAGAG